AUGGACAAAUGGAUAUCACAGAGUCACGCUAUAAUUCAGUACGGAUUAGCAAUUGAAGAUUUGAAUUCGAAUAUCGCAAAGGUCAUCGAUCUUAGGCCACAAAGCAGCCAACAAGGGAAGAGAGACUCAAAUGUAAAGAUUUCAAAGGACCCAAAAGUACCACUGACGUUGCGGUUGCUUCCAAACCCUAGGGGCUAUCGCCACCCAAUGCACUUGUACAAGAUAAGAGAACUGGAAGAGCUAGCAAAUGUAGUAAAAUCUAGAAAAAUCGCACAAGAGCAACCAAAGAGCAAAAAGGUGGUAAAGAAGCAAAAGAAGAAGAUAACGAGUGCAACACCAGUAAAUGUGUGCGACGUCGUUGGACACAAGUUCGAGAUUUUUGAAAACUUCCAGGAAUGUAGCAUCUGUGGAACUAGAGUAGAGGUCAUGAAGAUUUGA